AUGGAAUACACAAGAGUAGGCGACUCGGGACUCUACGUGUCGAAGAUUAUCCUCGGCACAGCCAGCUACGGAUCUUCACGCUGGCAGGAAUGGAUCUUGAAUGAGGAGGCUGCGUUGCCUUUACUGAAGCAUGCUUACGACAUGGGCAUCAAUACUUGGGAUACGGCUGAUGCGUAUUCCAACGGUCGGUCAGAAGAGAUUAUUGGCAAGGCCCUGCGUGUCUACGGCAUUCCUCGAGAACAGGUGGUGAUUCUAACUAAGAUAUUUUAUGCGCUUGACCCGGAUGGCCAGAGUCCUAUCGCGGCUUUGAUGGACAAAAAGAAACAUGGCUUGGUAAACAGAGUUGGCUUGUCACGCAAACACAUCAUGUCCGCUGUGGCGGAGAGUAUUGAAAGGCUGGGUACGUACAUUGACGUCCUACAGAUCCACCGACUGGACCGUGAUGUCAGCCUCAUGGAAACAAUGAAAGCAUUGAAUGACGUGGUCGAAAGCGGCCAAGUGCGGUAUCUCGGAGCAAGUUCGAUGGCGACGUGGGAGUUUCAGAAGCUGCAGAACACAGCGGAGCGGAAUGGGUGGCACAAAUUUAUCUCUAUGCAAAACUAUUAUAAUCUUCUCUAUCGCGAGGAGGAGCGAGAAAUGAUUCCUUUCUGCCGGGAUGCUGGAGUCGGAAUUCUACCAUGGAGUCCCCUCGCACGUGGUGUGCUGGCCCAUCCAUGGACAGAGAGAGAGACUGAUCGCGAGCAGACGGAUAAGUUACUCCAGCGCCUGGUUCGGAGCCACGAGACUCUUGAAGACAAGGAGGUGGUGGACCGGGUGACUGAAGUUGCGGCCAAGAGAAGUGUCAAGAUGGCGAUUGUCGCUCUGGCCUGGUGUCUCCGGAAAGGACUGUGUCCGAUCACCGGCUUAGGAAGCACAUCUCGCAUUGAUGACGCAGUUCAAGCUGUGACAUUUCAAUUAUCAGAUGACGAGGUCAAGUACCUAGAAGAUCCAUACCGACCAAAACCAGUUGUGUAUUGA